AUGGCUCCACCAACCAAAACAACCCCUAAACCCUCGAAACCCAACCACAUUCACCCUCUCACCCCCACUCAAACCACCGAAUCUCCUCCCGUUUCCUCCUCCGCCCCGCCGCGAAGACGCAGUCUCCGCCUCGCCUCUAUUUCCAUCUCCGAACCUUCCCAAUCCUCAACCGAAUCAACCCCCAAACCCACCGCUAGGGUUUCCAGAUCAAAAAUUUCAACCGCUUUGGAAUCCAAACCUAAUCAAGCAGUUGAAAGUUCCGUUAACUUGCGAUCAGGUAAAAGAGUUGUUAAACGUGGAAUCAGUAUUGCAAACGGAGAUGAAGAUGGUUCUGAAAACAACGCUAUAAAGAAGAACAAAAUAAACGAUGAAGGGGAAUCGAGUAAAAGAAGAGAAGAGAAAGGGAAGGAAACCGUUGUUGUUGAUGAAAAUGAAAACACCGAAGUUGUUGUUGGUGAAAAUGUAAACAACGAAGUAUCUGCAAUCGAGAACACAACUGAAGAGAGAAAUGAUGCAUUGAAUGUUACAGAACAAUCUAUAAAUUCUAACAACAGGGAGGAACGUGGUUUAAGGAGGAACCUGGAACGAUUUCGAAAUAUAGCUAGAGAGAACGCGUCUCGUUUUGCUCAUUUUGUAAAUGACGAAAGCGAUGCUGAUGAUUUAUCUCUGGAAAAUGAACCAGAGAAGAAUGAGAUUGAAGAUUGGCCUGGUCCAUUUUCGACUGCUAUGAAAAUCAUUAGGGAUCGAGAGAAGAAAGGGAUUCAAUUUCAAGCAGGCUCUGAUUCUAUACAGAAGAAUUUGAUUGAUUCGAUUAAGUGGAAUCCAAAAACAAAUGUGGAGAAGUUAGAUGGAGCGGUUUCUGUUCCGUCUUUGCAGGAACUUUGCAUUCGGAUUCUUGCUAAGAAUGUUGAUGCGAUUGUUUCGCUUGAGAGUGUGCCUGAUGCUUUGAGGCAUAGGCUUAGUCAGUUGCUGUGUGAUUCGCGGAGAAUUAAUGACCACUUUUUUGAACUUCUUGUUGGUGGAUCUCCCACGGAGAUUCGGCUUAGAAAUUGCUCGUGGUUGUCUGAGGAACAUUUUACCAAGUGCUUUCAAGCAAGUGACAUUUCUAAUUUGGUGGUACUGCAACUUGAUCUGUGUGGGCGAUGUUUGCCAGAUUAUGUGGUAGUUGCUACUUUAGCACGGUCCCCAAAGCUGCUGCCUAGUUUAACUAGUCUAUCUCUCAGAGGUGCAUGCCGACUUUCAGAUGGGGGAUUGCGUGCACUUGUUUCUUCUACUCCAACACUUAGAUCAAUAAAUCUUAGCAUGUGCUCCCUUCUCACUUCUGCUAGUCUUUAUAUUUUGGCUGAAUCAUUAAAAUCUCUUUUGAAAGAGUUGUACCUUGAUCAUUGCCUUGACAUUGAUGCUGCACUAAUUGUGCCGGCACUGGUGGAGUUUGAACAUUUAGAAGUGUUGUCGGUGGCUGGCAUUCCAACUGUUAGCGACACAUUUGUCAAGGAUUACAUUGUUGCACGUGGUCACAACAUGAAAGAGCUGAAUCUGAAGGAUUGCAUAAAUUUGACUGAUGCAUCAAUAAAAGUCAUUGCUGAACACUGUCCUGGAGUAUGCAGGCUUGAUUUAUCGAAUGUUUGCAAAUUAACAGACAUGUCCAUGGGAUAUCUUACAAAUGGUUGUCGUGCACUUCAUACACUGAAGCUUUGCCGUAACUCAUUCAGUGAUGAAGCAGUUGCUGCAUUUGUAGAGACUAAUGGAGAGUCUUUGAAAGAACUAUCACUUAAUAAUGUCAAAAAGGUUGGCUACCACACAACCUUAUCACUUGUAAGCCAUGCAAAAAAACUGCAUAGUCUAGAUGUAUCUUGGUGCCGAAAUUUGACUGACAAUGCCUUAGGUUUGAUAGUGGACAGUUGCUUGUCGCUGCGAUUACUUAAACUUUUUGGAUGUACUCAGGUAACAGAUGUUUUUCUGAAGGGCCACUCAAACUCUCAGAUCCAGAUAAUUGGUAUAAAAAUGACUAAUGUUUUACAACAUGUGAAAGUGCCGGAUCCUCAUCAAGGCGCGUUGAAUUAUUCAUCAGUCUCCAUAGAUUUGGCUGCAUAG